GGAUGUUUCUGAGGAAGGUGUUAUUUUCCACUGUUUCGAUGUAUUUCUAACCUUUUCCGAAUCAGAUAAAAUUUCGCGAUGUUUUUCAAAUGAUAACGGUGUAGCGGUUCGAUAAAGCAAUAAUUGAUAUGUGUGAAGUGGCGCGAAAAUUAUUAUUUUAAACGUCCGGCAUCGACGAAGGCGAGUUUUCUUCAGGUGAAUACCAAACAACAACAAUUAAAAUUGUCCAGAAGCGUAGUAAAGAAGCUUCGGAGGCACAAUGAGGUGCCUGUGGCCUGGAUUGUUGACGUUGGCAAGCGUAGUUUGGGCUCAGGACGUUCCAUACAACAGAUUUAGUCCUACGGGGAGUCCCGAUGACCAUUACAGGCCUCCGCCCCCUGCAGCGGGGCCUACUAGGUCACCGGACAUCAGCGAUCCUUACGGAAGAGAUCAUUAUAGAGACAGGGACAGAGAUCAAUUUAGUGAAGAUCCUUAUAAUCCCAAUCCAGAUUAUAAUCUAGGAAGAGGACGGGAAGACUGGAACACGCACUCCACUAUUAUCAAAGAAGCUACUUAUUUUGUGGUGGCCUCGAAAACGGUACGACCCGGCCAGCUGUACAGGGUGUUCGUGACGAUACUCCAAGAGAAACAGCCCCUAACAGUGCGAGCUUCCAUAUCGAGAAACGGCGUAGAAAUGUCAGCUGACUCCAAACCGGUCAAAGAGGGCGUUUCCGAAACCCUGCUGAUGAGGGUACCACCAACGGGCGCGGCCGGACAGUACAAGCUACGCGUUGAAGGCCUGUACCAGAACAUUCUAGGUGGUGCUGCGUUCUCUAAUGAGACCGAACUGACUUUUCGCAAGAUCUUGACGAUUUUUGUGCAAUUGGACAAACCAGUUUAUAAACAGGGUGAGGUAGUUCAUUUCCGUACCAUCCCUAUCAACACAGAACUCAAGGCUUUUGAUGAUGCUGUGGAUGUGUUCAUGCUGGACCCUAACGGACAUAUCCUCAAACGAUGGCUCUCAAGACAGUCCAACCUUGGUACAGUGAGUCUGGACUAUCAGUUAUCCGAUCAGCCAGUUUACGGAGAGUGGAAGGUACGGGUAGUUGCUCAAGGCCAAAUCGAAGAAGCGACGUUCCUCGUGGAGGAGUACUACCAAACCAGGUUCGAGGUGAACGUGACAAUGCCCUCUUUCUUCCUGGACACCGAGCCAUACAUUACCGGCAUCAUUAUGGCCAAUUACACGAGCGGCGCACCUGUGAGAGGAAACCUAACGAUCAGAGCCUCUAUUUGGCCCCGUCUGAGCGCUCAGAGGCGGUACGACGAGGAGUUGCGGAGGCAGUACGGUCCGGAGUAUUGGACGGAGUACGGGAAUCAGUACGAGGGACGGUGGGAGGGUUACGAGAGACCUUGGAGGUCGAGGCAACCCUCGGAGCGCUUGGGAAGGCCGUUGUACGAGAAGUACUUCAAUUUUAAUGAGCAGUUUCCUUUCUGGAUGCCCCAACAGCAGUACUGGGUUCCUGUGCCUACUUUAAAAUUCUUCUACGGCACGUACGACUUCCGAUUCCCCGUGGCCGAACUCUUGAGCCAAGACUGGAACUUCGAGCAGGUGGACGUGGUGAUCACGGCCACCGUGGGCGACAGGUUCCUGGACGAGGUGGUCGAGGGCUACUCCACCGCGCGCAUCACCAACUCCUCCGUCAAGCUGCGCUUCAUGGGCGACUCGCCCCAGGUCUUCAAGCCGGGCAUGCCGCUCACCGCCUACCUCGUAGCCUCGUUCUACGACGGCUCGCCCCUCGCCGAGCAGAGUCUGCGCAGCAGCUACAUGGAGGUGACGGCAACGGUGGAGAUGGAGGGGGGAGGCAGACGGGAGGUACCGCCGAAGAGGUUGUGGAUGUUGGACGGACAGCCGGGAGUGUGGGCGUAUAAGAUCGAUUUGAAGAGGGAAUUAGACAUUUUUGGACCGCACGCCUUCGAAGAAACCAGCCGUAUGUCCUCACUUCGUCUACGCGCCACGUUCCGGGACGACUACACCAAUCAGCACGCCAUCGCCGACCUGCACCUCUUGGCUCAUUACAGCCCCACCGACAGGCAGCUGAAGGUCACCACUAGUACCUCCAGCCCUCGUGUGGGGGAGUUCGCCAUCUUCCACGUCCGCUCCAACUACUACGUCGACAACUUCAAGUACGUGAUCGUGGCCAAGGGCAUCGUGCUGGUCAGCGGCGACCAGGACAUGGGCGAUUUCGUCAACACCAUGACGAUGGCGCUCAGUGCGGAAAUGGCGCCGGUGGCUACGAUAGUGGUGUGGCACGUCGGACGAUACGGUGAUCUUACCGUCGACAGUUUGACGUUUCCCGUGAAUGGCAUCAGUCGAAAUAAAUUUAAGGUAUUCAUCAACAACAGCAAAGCGCGCACGGGCCACAAAGUGGAGGUGGCCAUCUACGGCGAGCCCGGCGCGUACGUAGGCCUAUCUGGCAUCGACCGCGCCUUCUACACGAUGCAGGCGGGCAACGAACUGACCUACGCCAAAGUCAUCACGAAAAUGGCGACGUUCGACGAGCACGGCAACGGUACCCUCAAGCACGCGUGGACCUCGCACCAGGGCCACCCCGACGAGCUGCUGUACUUCCCCGCCAGCACCUUCGGCAUCGACGCCAACAGAACGUUCGAGUUCGCCGGCUUGGUGGUAUUCAGCGACUUCGAGGUGGCCAGAAGACCCAGCGCUUGCGAUCCGACGCAGGGCUUCGGGGAGUGUCUGAAUGGGAGGUGUUACAGACUCAGACAGAGGUGCGACGGAGUGCUGAAUUGUGAGGAUGGUACUGAUGAAGCGGGAUGUGACCCCGACAACGGUACGGAACUCACCUUCUUCCGCAAGUUCCGCUUCAACCGGCUCCAGCGACAGUACGACAACGUCUGGCUGUGGCGAGACGUCAACAUCGGACCCCACGGCCGCUACAUCUUCAACAUAGACGUCCCCCCUCGUCCAGUCCACUGGAUGGUGUCCGCUUUCAGCGUGAGCCCCACCAUGGGCUUUGGCAUGCUCACCAAGGCCAUCGAGUACGUAGGAAUACUGCCGUUCUUCGUCAACGUCGAAAUGCCCGCCACUUGCACGCAGGGCGAACAGGUCGGGAUCAGAGUAACGGUCUUCAACUACAUGACCGAGGACAUGGAGGCUACGGUCGUACUGAAGGGAUCUCCGGAUUAUAAGUUCGUGCAUGUCGAAGAGGGCGGUUACGUCAGCGCUUACAACCCUCGCACUUCCUUCGGGGAACACCAGUCGUUUAUCUACAUCAAAGCACAGGAUGCGUCGCAGGUGUAUAUUCCGAUAGUACCAACGCGUCUGGGAGAUAUAUACAUAACAGUUUACUCAAGUACUUUGAUUGGAAAGGAUGAAAUCACUAGAAAACUUCACGUGGAAGCUGACGGUUUGCCGCAACAUCGGCACCAAUCAGUUUUGCUGGAUCUCAGUAACAGAGCCUACAGUUUCCAAUACAUGCACGUUAAUAUAACAGAGACCCCAAUAAUUCCGUACGCAUACGACAGGUACUACGUCUAUGGAUCAAAUAAGGCCAGUCUAUCAAUCGUUGGUGACGUGGUGGGGCCUAUUUUCCCUACCAUGCCAGUCAACGCGACCUCCUUACUUCAUUUACCAAUGGAAUCAGCAGAACAGAACAUGUUCUCCUUUGCAGCGAACAUGUAUACGUUGCUAUACAUGAGAUACACUCAGCAAGAGAACAGGACCCUGCAGAAACAAGCUUUUCACUACCUGAACGUUGGAUACCAAAAGCAAUUGAGUUAUCUGCAGCCGGAUGGUAGUUUUUCAACUUUCAGAAGCGACUGGAACCAGUCAGCUUCUUCGGUAUGGCUUACGGCUUACUGCGCUAGAAUACUCCAAGAAGCGAGUUUCUACGAGUGGGAGAACUAUAUCUAUAUCGAUCCCGAGGUGAUCGCUAAAAGCGUGGAGUGGAUUUUGAGGCACCAGACCGAAGAAGGAUCGUUCUACGAAACCACCUGGAUACCAGACAGAAAAUACAAUUCUUCCCUGAAUUUUAACGAGAAUGAUUACAUAGUUCACAGGAAUAUCACGCUGACGGCUCACGUACUUAUCACACUAGAGAGCGUCAAAGAUUUAACAAGUGGCCUCAGCUCUAAAGUCUCCAUAGCUGCCAAAAAGGCCGUUUCUUGGUUGGAACGCAACAUGGACCUCAUCGAGGACAAAGGUCAGGCCUUUGACACUGCCAUAGUGGCCUACGCCCUCAUGAAAAUCAAGGCGGCCAACGCAGAAACCGCCUUCAUUGCUUUAUCCAAGAAAGGCACCCUCGAAGGUGGAUUACUGUACUUUGCCAGGAAAAACGUUCCACAACCACCGUUCAAAAUCGAAAAUCAGAGACCUUUUCUGUUACCCAGACUGCCCUAUGAGUACGACAGCGAAAACAUCGAGGCUACGGCCUACGCGUUGAUGGUCUACGUAGAGAGACAGGAACUGUGGGUGGAUAACAUUGUCAGAUGGCUCAAUACCCAGCGUCUGUCCGACGGAGGCUGGGCAUCGACCUCGGACACGGCCAACGCUAUGAAGGCCCUGAUAGAGUACACUUCGGCGCAGAGAAUCAGAGACAUCUCCAGUCUGUCUGUGCGAGUUGAAGCUACCUCUCUUCCUGGUCAGAGCCAAGUUCUAUACGUCAACGACAAGAACCGAGCCAGGCUGCAACAUAUAGAAAUACCUAACGCGUGGGGUACUGUCAAGGUGGACGCCAGGGGUACCGGGUACGCUAUUCUGCAGAUGCACGUGCAGUAUAACGUGGACGUGGAGAAGUUCCAGACUCCUCCGCCAGUGAGGGCGUUUGAUUUGGUUACGCAGCAGUCGUACUAUGGAAGAAAUCAGUCGCAUAUUAAUUACGUCAGCUGUCAGAGAUGGACAAAUUUACAAGAAUCGCAACGGUCAGGCAUGGCAGUACUGGACGUAACAGUUCCUACAGGAUACAUCAUACAACAGCAAGAUUUAGAUGCAUAUAUUCUUUCGAGAAGAGUCAGAAACUUACAGAGGGCCAAGUUCCAAGAGCGCAAAGUCUUGUUUUACUUUGACUACUUGGAUAGUGAAGACAUCUGUGUUAGUUUCACCGUGGAACGAUGGUUCCCUGUGGCAAAUAUGUCCAGAUAUAUAGCUGCAAGAGUUUAUGAUUACUAUGCUCCAGAGAGAUUCAACGAAACCUUGAUAGAUGCCCUAUCCUCAUACACCUUAGACAUUUGCCAGGUGUGUGGUAGUUACCAGUGCCCCUACUGCUGGAUCUAUAACGCAGCCCCGAGUCUUUCAAGUCCCCCAUUAGUACUUAUCCUUUCAGUGCUACUAACGGUAGUCUUUGCUCAGCGUUUCGAAUUCUACGCGUGAUCACUCUUUCCCAUGUAAAACUCUGUACCAUAUCAAGUGAUAGCGAUACAACGUAGUACAAAAGAAAAAAACGAGAUACAUUUAAUGCCUAAGGAAUAGGGCAGCAGUGAAAAAUACGAGAGAUAGACGAAAUCUAGUUAUUUUUAAUUGUGGUGCCUGUCGCAGGUAGGGUAAGGGCGUGUUUUCUGUGAAAAUGCGUGCGUUUGGUACCGUUACCAAUAAUGGAAACGAAGAAAAGAUUCUCCUAGUCUCAAUUAAUCGUAAACCGUCCAAGGGGACGCCACUCCAAGUGAAGCGUCACCAUUUUUAUAUCUAUUUUUAUUUAAAAGAAAAGGCCUAAUAUAUUUCUCCUAAUGGGUAAUAAAUAGCAUUGUUUUUAUACUUUAGUCUUUAGUUUGAAAUGGAAACAAUAUUUUGGUGUGUAUUCUCUGUUUAUGAAUAUGGUAAGAUUAUUAUCAUUUAUUUAAUUAAUCAAGGAUAGUAAAGUAUAAAAACAACGUUAAUAUAUAAGUGAUUUUAGUUUGUCCAUUUUGUACUUUACUUACUUUUUUUAAGCUUAUUUAUAUCACUAAACAGACAAACUACCUUUGUGUGGACUUCUACAUUUUUUCUGUUGGAAUCUCAAGAUGUGUUAAUUGUAAUUUUCAAAAUUAUAUUAAAACAAAGAGUAUGUUGGUCUGAUACACAUGAUAUUAUUUUUGUAUGUACAUCGUUUUUAUUUGUGCUCAUUUUUCUACCCCCAACACAUUGUAAAUAUAUACGUUUCUUUUGUUAUAUAUAGGUAAUAAGGUGUAGAUCAAAAAAAAAAUGUUUGUAUACAACACGUUGACUUAAAUAAAGAAUCUCUUUUUUGAUAAA